AUGAAGAGCUUUCCAUUCCUCAUGUUACUAUAUGUAGCAUUUGCUUAUGCCUUUCCAAUUGCUCCAGAAACAGAAAAGGAAAAUGAAGAUCUGCUGCUUGCUAAGAAAUAUCUGCAAAAAUUCUUCAACCUUGGAAAAGAGGAAAGACCUGCCUUUAAAAGGAAGAGUCUCAAUCCUGUGACUGAAAAAAUCCGAGAAAUGCAGGCAUUCUAUGGACUGGAAGUAACUGGGGAUUUGAAUUUCAAGACUGUGGAAGUGAUGAUGCAGCCCAGGUGUGGAAUACCUGAUGUUAGACAGUACAGCACCUUUCCCAUGUCUCCAAAAUGGAAAACACAAAAUUUGAAAUAUAGGAUUGAAAACUAUACACCAGACCUGGCACCAGUUGAUAUAGAGGCAGCCAUCGAGAAAGCUUUCAAAGUCUGGAGCAACGUGACCCCAUUGACAUUCACCAGGGUUAAUGGCACUGAUGCAGAUAUAAGGAUAUCCUUUGCAUCUGGAUAUCAUGGAGACUUCUAUUCCUUUGAUGGUCCUGGUGGGACUCUGGCUCAUGCCUACCCACCUGGCUAUGGCAUUGGUGGAGAUGCACACUUUGACGAGGAUGAAACCUGGACAAAAGAUUCUAGCUCAUACAACCUGUUUCUUGUUGCUGCACAUGAGUUUGGCCACUCAUUGGGGCUCGAUCAUUCCAAGAUACCUGGUUCCUUAAUGUAUCCAGUUUAUGUAUACAGGGAUCCCAGAGACUACAGACUUUCUCAAGAUGAUAUCAGUGGCAUUCAGAACUUAUAUGGACCCCCAACACACUCCUCUACUGAGCCUUCAGUGUCCACAAACCCCAGAGAACAGACAACAGAAACAUCAACAACAGGCAUAUGUGACCCUCACUUGACUUUUGAUGCUGUCACCACUCUCCGUGGGGAAACACUCUUCUUUAAAGACAGCUAUGUCUGGCGCAAGAGUCCUCACUUCCCAGGCAUUGAGCGUGAUUUAGUCUCUUCAUUGUGGCCAACUCUGCCGUCUGGCUUUGAUGCUGCUUAUGAAAUUGACAAGAAGGAUCGAGUGUUUCUAUUUAAAGGCAACCAAUACUGGGCUAUUAGGGGAUAUGAUAUACAACCAGGUUUCCCUAAGAACAUCCAUACCUUGGGCUUUUCCAAGCAUGUGAAGAAAAUUGAUGCAGCAGUGUAUGAUCAUAAUACCAAAAGAACGUACUUCUUUGUAGAUUAUCAAUACUGGAGCUAUAAUGAGAUCACGCAGUCUAUGGAAAAGGGAUAUCCACGAAAGAUAUCAGUCGACUUUCGAAGAGUUGGUCACAAAGUGGAUGCUGCCUUUCAGGAAAAUGGAUAUUUCUAUUUUUUCCAUGGAUCAAAUCAGUAUGAGAUUGACACCAAGACCAGGAAAGUUAUUCGUAUAAUGAAGAUCAAUGCUUGGUUUAAUUGUUAA